CUUAAUUUGGAGCGUUGGCGUUCUUGAGCUGUGUGUUACAUUUCACUUGAUAUCUGAAUAAAAUUUUAUUAACGUUUAAGUUGCCGUCCGGUGCAGACCUUUGGUUCGGAUUUUUGGAUUUUAAUUUACCUCUGUGAUAACCACAAAACAAAUACAAAAUGGGUAAAGACGGUGUUGCUGAUCCCCUUGGAUUCCUUAAGGAUUUCGCUGCUGGCGGUAUCUCCGCUGCUGUCUCAAAGACUGCUGUAGCCCCAAUUGAACGUGUCAAGUUGCUUUUGCAAGUACAACACAUUUCCAAACAAAUCAGCCCCGACAAGCAAUACAAGGGUAUGGUUGACUGCUUUGUCCGCAUUCCAAAAGAACAAGGUUUUGCUUCAUACUGGCGUGGUAACAUGGCUAACGUUAUCAGAUAUUUCCCAACCCAAGCUUUGAACUUUGCCUUCAAGGAUAAGUACAAGCAAGUUUUCUUGGGAGGUGUUGACAAGAACACCCAAUUCUGGCGUUACUUCAUGGGUAACUUGGCUUCCGGUGGUGCUGCUGGUGCCACUUCUCUCUGCUUUGUCUACCCCUUGGACUUUGCCCGUACUCGUUUGGCUGCUGAUAUCGGCAAGAGCAGCCAACGUGAAUUCACCGGUCUUGGCAACUGCUUGGCUAAGAUCUUCAAAUCCGAUGGUAUUGUUGGUUUGUACCGUGGUUUCGGUGUAUCCGUACAAGGUAUCAUCAUCUACCGUGCUGCCUACUUCGGCUUCUACGAUACUGCUCGCGGUAUGUUGCCCGAUCCUAAGAACACCCCCAUCUACAUCAGCUGGGCUAUCGCUCAAGUUGUUACAACUGUUGCUGGUAUUGUAUCCUAUCCAUUCGAUACUGUCCGUCGUCGUAUGAUGAUGCAGUCUGGUCGCAAGGCUACCGAAAUCAUCUACAAGAACACAUUGCACUGCUGGGCCACCAUCGCCAAGCAAGAAGGUACCGGUGCCUUCUUCAAGGGUGCCUUCUCCAACAUUCUCAGAGGUACUGGUGGUGCUUUCGUACUUGUCUUGUACGAUGAAAUCAAGAAAUUCUUGUAAAUUAAUAAUUCAAUUACCAACUCUACCUACAUCUACAGUUAAUAAAUAUUUUAAUUUAAUAUUAAAUUUAUUUAAAUUUAAAAA